AUCCUUCCUUACUACCUACCUCACAUUCGUUCGUUUCUUUCCUUUCUUCAACUUCAACUUCGACAACAGCGACCUUCCGACAUCAAACGACUUUUACAACCGCGUCUAUCGCGACUGACGUCGCCAUGGCUAUCAUGAAUUCCGUCACGAGCCACAUCGUCCGCAGAGGCAUGGACAUCCACCAGGCUCAUCAAUCGUCGGGCGGCCACCACAAGCAUGGCGACAAGAGCCUUCUUACCCCUCUCGCCAUCGCCACUCUGGCAUUCACCUCCAUCAUCUUCUUCUUCACCAUUAUGAUGGCUUCAUACACCUACGGGAACCUCAUCCCCACCCUCGCCAUGGUCGAGACCCCCACCGCCCUCCUGAUCGAGACCACCACCACCGAAGAGAAGGAGGAUAGCAUGGCCAAGGAGCCCCUCCUCGAACAAUACGAGGUCACCCUCAUCCAACAGACCCCCAUCACCGCCAGCAUCCGCACAACCCUCCAGCACCUCUGCGAGACCGGUGGAUUCUUCGGCCGCUACCGUGGCUUCAGCAUGUUUGUCGUGUACAUCUUCCUCUGCAGCCAAUUCAGCAUCGUUUUCUCCUUCCUCCCCUUCGGCCUCGGCGACAUCCUCACCAUGGUCGUCCUCUCCACCAUCCGCAUGGGAUGGACGCACGCCAUCGUCUCCGCCCCAUCGCCCCUACCCUGGUUCCGCCGCCUCCCAUCCAUCAAGACGUUCAAGAAGAUCGCGCCCAUCACCGCCUUGGUUGCGAUAUCUGAGGAGCUCUCUAUCUUGUUGCCAUACCUUUUCGCCGGCGCGCUCGGACUUUUCGACAGCAUGGAUCGCCAGGCCGGCGGCGAGACCAUCGUCGACCCCGAGGCUUGCUUGGUGAAGAUUUUCGCCGUGGCUGCUGUCUUCUUCUCGUACGUCAUCCUUGUCGUGGUGCCUGUCACCAUGGUCAUGGCUCGCAUUCACGCUAGCUUGAUCGAGGAGAACGUGGAGACGAUUGUGUCGGUUCACCGCGAGCCGUUGUCGAUCAAGGAGGCGUGGGAGAGUGUUGACUGGAACGCGCGCGUGCACGUCUACAAGGCGUACCUGAAGGGGUUCGCUAUCCAGAUGAGCAUUAUGAUUCUGUUCUCCGCGGUGGUGUACGUGCAGCUCGUUAUGUUCUUGGGACCAAAGUUCCCAGAGGUCAUUACGCAGUACAUGCUCAUGGUUUAAGUGGGAUUAUUAUCAGAGAUUAAGGGAUUGAUUGAUUGGCCUGUAUAGGCACUACUAGACUGACUACGACUCAUACGCUGAGUGGUUCAUUUGUGGGUUAAUUUGAGAAAGAUUGUGUAGGAUCGUAGGUCUGUGGUCGUUUUUUUGCUGUUUCGGGAGGAUGGAAUAAGCUAGUUCGUUAAGUAGGUCAACAGGAAGAGGAGAGAUCAUUGAUAGUUUUCAUUUACUCAUGUACUUCUAAAACAACACUCA